AUGAACAACAAUAAUCCGCAGAGAGCUAAUGAAGCUGCUCCUGUUCAUGGGCAGCCUGCAGGUGUGUCUCCAUGGUCAAUGGUGACAGUGGAGAUCGUCCGGGCACGGGCGCGCCGCAGGUGGAGGCAGCCCGAUGCCACAUCCACCUUCUUUGACUAUACAUCUGGCCGGUAUAGCUGGCUUCUUCCAGGAUGGGUGGUCGAAGAGCGACGGAUGCCCAAUAGCAGGCUCUACAGAUACUAUUACGACUCUUCAGGUCGUCUGUAUAACACCAAAUAUGAAGUGGUUCGUGUUUGGGCACAGAAUGGCAUCUUCUUGAUCGAGGACUGA